AUGAAUGCGUUAAUUUGUGAUGCUCCAGCUAGAGCAUCUGUAACUUAUACUAAGGGUCAUAAUGGGUAUCAUUGGUGUGUAAAAUGCAUUCAAGAGGGCAGUUUAAUAAAUAAUAGAAUGGAAUUUUUGGAACUAAAUAGUACAUUAAGAACAGAUGAGUCAUUUAAAAAUAAGUUUGAUAAAGAUCACCACACAGGAACCUCUAUAUUGGAGCAACUAGAAUUUAGUAUGGUUUCUCAAGUACACCUUGAUUACAUGCAUCUUGUCUGCCUAGGUGUCAUGAAGCGGCUUCUUCAAUUCUGGCACAAAGGAAGACAAGAUGUUCGGAUUCCAAAUAUAAGAUUCGAGAAUUUGUGUCAGUUAUUACUUUCAAUUAAAACUUUGAUACCAAAUGUCUUCUGUCGAAAGCCCCGUAGCCUUUCAGAUGUUGAUAGGUUUAAAGCAACCGAAUUUCGUCAAAUUUUACUUUAUAAAGGCAUGAUCAGUUUAAAAAAAUUUCUUCCUGACAAUAUGUACCACCACUUUUUACUGCUAACUUGUUCCAUUAGGAUUUUAACAUCACCAAGUUUAUGUACAAAAUUAAAUGAAACUGCACAGGGGUUAAUUGAACAUUUUAUAACUGAAUAUAGUGAAAUUUAUGGAGAACACCUUAUCACUUUUAAUGUAUAUAAUUUAUCUCACUUAUGUAAUGAUGUACAGAAGUUCGGUUGCCUUGGCCAUUUUAGUGCUUUCCCAGCAGAAUCCUUUAUGCAAUGUAUAAAACAAAAAAUAUGUCUUUAUUCUGGUAAAUCCUUACAACAACUUGUAAAAAGACCCGAGGAGGAAACAAUCAGAUGCGAGAAAUAUAAUUAUGUUACUAUUAAAAGUAAUGAGAAUGAGACAUCUUCCACUAUGACAUCCAGGGGCAAGCGAUUGGUUCUGCUAGCACAAGAAAACACACAACUUCUUAGAGAUGAUACAGUUUUAGAAAAUUUAAAUAACCAAAUCUCUUCAUCAGAUUUAUUAAAAGCCACCACGAGUUGCAUUACGGAAGAAACAAAUAAUACAAUUAGAGGUAAUGACAUACUUCAACGUGCACUGCAGAGCAGUUUUCUCUUCGUAAAUAAAGAAAAUAUUGAUGAUAUUUUGCCGCAAGAUAUUGAGCCUGUUGAAAAAGAAAAUUCCAGAACAGAGAUUUUCGAAAACAAAGUGAUAUUUGAAGAUAUACCUGAAAAUGACGAUCGACCAAAUGAAGGAGAUGCCCCGGAUUAUCCAGACUUCGUACCUAAUGAAGAACACUUCAGUUCAGACUCAGAAUUUGAAGGAGAAGCAUUUAAUGAACGGCAAAAAGAUGGUCUACCCAACGAACCAGAACUAGAAGAAGAGACAGACAACAAUGAAAGCGAUAUUGAAAUGCUUGAAAAUAAUCAAGAAAAGAAGCGUCGAAGAAAACCAGAUAAAGACGAAUUGCCUAGAGAAAAAACAAGAAUUAGAAGGAUGGCUGGAGAAGAGUACAUAGGCUAUACCAGAAACAGACAAGGCCAAAUUUUUCAUAAUAAGCAAAGAGCAGCUAGAGCAAUAGGACCGACUUGUACUUCUUCUAAGUGUUUAAAAUAUAAGAAUAGAUUUUGCCGCUCAAUAUCUGAAGAAGAACGGAACCAAAUUUUUUCCAGCUUUUGGAAAAAAAUGAACUGGGACCAGAGAAAGAUAUAUGUAGUUGGGCUUAUAAAGAUGAAAUCUACGGAAAGAAAAAAAGAUUCUACGAAACAAUAUAUAGAAUACGAUUUUGAAUCAAAGGCCAAGUUGUAUAAAAUAUAUCAAGAAAAGUGUCUAGCAGAUAAAAAUAGGUCUCUAAGUUAUUGGUACUUUUCUGAGUUAUUUGAGGAUCUGAAUUUAGCAUUGUAUACUUCAAAAAAGGAUCAGUGCAAUACCUGUGUGGCUUAUAGAGCAGGAAAUAUUGAAACAACAGAGUAUAAUAAACACAUUGCCCUUAAAGAUCAAGCAAGGCAGGCAAAAGAUAUAGACAAAGACAAAGCCAAGGAAGCACAAAAAUAUCUGGAACCCGGACAUACACAGAUGGAAUGUGAUGCUGUCCAUAGUUUAAUUGAAAGAAAACUAAAAAGUCGGGAAAUUACAUUGCCUUAUGAUUAUGUUACUAAAACUCGUGAAGCAAGACAAAAACCGAUUACCUUAAAUGCAGAAAUUUUGACGCAUGAAAUAUUUAAAAAUUACGAUAAUAAAGAUCUUAUGAUGUACAGAAGUAUAAAACCUGGACGUUAUACAAAUGACCCCACCGUGAAUAACCUGAGAGAACUGCAUUAUUCUUCGGAAGGCACCAUAGGAUAUAAGACUGACUUUUCCGAUCAAAUUCGAGCUUUACCACAAAGAUCCAAGGAAAUAGAUGAUUCUAAGUACGUAGUUGAAGGUUUGUUCCAAGAUCAACUAAAAAUAUCUGCCCAAAAAUUUUCUCACCUACAGGACAUAAAAUCUACACUUGCACCAGAGUUUCAUGGAUUUUACGACUCUUUGCAAUUUAAAAAAGACAAAUUAGUGUAA